CAACGCCAUUUUCAGAACGAAUUCUGUUUUGCUGGAGUUAUCUAGCAAUAUUGGAUAUACAUAUUUUACCACAAAACUUGCUUUGAGCAAAUCCAUUAAGCCCUAUCUUCUCUGUUAUAGAGGAGAAGGGAGUUCAUCUCCCUUUCACGACUGAGAAGAGGUCCUGAAUAUACGACCAUGUACAUCAAACAGGUCAUUAUCCAGGGGUUCCGAAGUUACAGGGACCAGACUGUGGUGGACCCGUUCAGCCCAAAACACAAUGUCAUCGUUGGACGAAACGGUUCAGGAAAAAGUAACUUUUUCUACGCCAUUCAGUUCGUGCUCAGCGAUGAGUUUAGCCACCUUCGUCCAGAGCAGCGCCUGGCCUUGCUUCACGAGGGAACUGGUCCUCGCGUCAUCUCUGCUUUUGUGGAGAUCAUAUUUGACAAUUCUGACAACAGGUUACCGAUCGACAAGGAGGAAGUCUCGCUCCGACGUGUCAUUGGAGCCAAGAAGGAUCAGUACUUCCUGGACAAGAAGAUGGUGACGAAGAACGACGUCAUGAACCUCCUGGAGAGUGCAGGCUUCUCCCGUAGUAACCCGUACUACAUCGUCAAGCAGGGAAAGAUCAACCAGAUGGCCACGGCGCCGGACUCCCAGCGGCUGAAGCUGCUAAGGGAGGUGGCCGGGACCCGCGUCUACGACGAGCGCAAGGAGGAGAGCAUCUCCCUCAUGAAGGAGACGGAGGGCAAGCGUGAGAAGAUCAACGAGCUGCUGAAGUACAUCGAGGAGCGUCUCCACACCCUGGAGGACGAGAAGGAGGAGCUGGCCCAGUACCAGAAGUGGGACAAGAUGAGGAGGGCGCUGGAGUACACCAUCUACAACCAGGAGCUCAACGAGACCCGCGCCAAGCUGGACGAGCUGUCCUCCAAGAGAGAGACGUGUGGAGACAAGUCCAGACAGCUGCGGGACGCCCAGCAGGAUGCAAGGGACAAAGUGGAGGAGACGGAGCGUGUGUGUCGAGAGCUCAAGUCGAAGAUCUCGGCCAUGCGGGAGGAGAAGGAGCAGCUGAGCUCUGAGCGUCAGGAGCAGAUCAAGCAGAGGACCAAGCUGGAGCUCAAGACCAAGGACCUGCAGGACGAGCUGGCCGGCAACAGUGAACAGAGGAAACGCCUGCUGAAGGAGCGUCAGAAGCUGCUGGAGAAGAUCGAGGAGAAGCAGAAGGAACUGCAGGAGACUGAGCCCAAGUUCAACAUGGUCAAGGAGAAGGAGGAGAGGGGCAUCGCUAGACUGGCCCAGGCCACCCAGGAGAGGACAGACCUGUACGCCAAGCAGGGCCGCGGCAGCCAGUUCACCUCCAAGGAGGAGAGGGACAAGUGGAUCAAAAAGGAGCUCAAGUCCCUGGACCAGGCCAUCACCGACAAGAAGAGGCAGAUCGCUGCCAUCCACAAGGACCUGGAGGACACGGAGACCAACAAGGAGAAGAACCUGGAGCAGUACAGUAAACUGGACCAGGACCUGAACGAGGUGAAGACCCGCGUCGAGGAGCUGGACAAGAAGUACUACGAAGUGAAGAACAAGAAAGACGAGCUGCAGAGCGAGAGAAACUACCUGUGGCGUGAGGAGAACGCAGAGCAGCAGGCCCUGGCAGCCAAGAGAGAGGACCUGGAGAAGAAGCAGCAGCUACUGAGAGCAGCUACUGGCAAGGCCAUCCUGAACGGCAUCGACAGCAUCAACAAGGUCUUAGAACACUUCAGGAGGAAGGGCAUCAACCAGCACGUCAUCACCGGUUACCACGGCAUCGUCAUGAACAACUUUGAGUGCGAGCCCGCCUUCUACACCUGCGUGGAGGUGACAGCCGGGACCAGGUUGUUCUACCACAUCGUGGAGACAGACGAGGUGAGCACCAAGAUCCUGAUGGAGUUCAACAAGAUGAACCUGCCCGGGGAGGUCACCUUCCUGCCGCUCACUAAGCUGGACGUCCGAGACACCGCCUACCCCGAGACCAACGAUGCUAUCCCCAUGAUCAGCAAGCUGCGCUACAGCGUGAGCUACGACAAGGCCUUCAAGCACGUGUUUGGGAAGACCCUGAUCUGUCGCAGCAUGGAGGUGUCCACCCAGCUGGCCAGGGCCUUCACCAUGGACUGCAUCACCCUGGAGGGUGACCAGGUGAGCCACCGCGGGGCUCUGACGGGGGGGUACUACGACACCAGGAAGUCCCGUCUGGAGCUGCAGAAGGACAUGAGGAAGGCUGAGGAGGAGCUGGGGGAGCUGGAGGCCAAGCUCAACGAGAACCUGCGCAGGAACAUCGAACGCAUCAACAACGAGAUCGACCAGCUGAUGAACCAGAUGCAGCAGAUCGAGACGCAGCAGAGGAAGUUCAAGGCGUCCCGGGACAGCAUCCUGUCUGAGAUGAAGAUGCUCAAGGAGAAGAGGCAGCAGUCAGAGAAGACCUUCAUGCCCAAGCAACGCAGCCUGCAGAGUCUGGAGGCCAGCCUCCACGCCAUGGAGUCCACCCGGGAGUCUCUGAAGGCCGAGCUGGGGACCGACCUGCUGUCCCAGCUCAGCCUGGAGGACCAGAGACGUGUGGACGACCUGAACGACGAGAUCAGGCAGCUGCAGCAGGACAACAGGCAGCUGCUGAAUGAGAGGAUCAAACUGGAGGGCAUCAUGACCAGAGUGGAGACGUACCUGAAUGAGAACCUUCGGAAGCGUCUCGACCAGGUGGAACAGGAGCUGAACGAGCUGAGGGAGACUGAAGGGGGCACAGUUCUCACCGCCACUACCUCGGAGCUGGACGGCAUCAACAAGCGCGUCAAGGACACCCUGGCACGAUCCGAGGACCUGGAUGUCCUGAUCGACAAGACGGAAGUGGAGAUCAAGGACCACCAGAGGAGCUUGGAGCGCUGGAAGAACAUGGAGAAGGAGCAGAACGACGCCAUCAACCACGACACCAAGGAGCUGGAGAAGAUGACCAACAGGCAGGGCAUGCUGCUGAAGAAGAAGGAGGAGUGCAUGAAGAAGAUCCGGGAGCUGGGCUCUCUGCCCCAGGAGGCCUUUGAGAAGUACCAGACCCUCACCCUCAAACAGCUGUUCCGUAAGCUGGAGCAGUGCAACACGGAGCUGAAGAAGUACAGCCACGUGAACAAGAAGGCCCUGGACCAGUUUGUGAACUUCUCGGAGCAGAAGGAGAAGCUGAUCAAGCGUCAGGAUGAGCUGGACCGCGGCCACAAGUCCAUCAUGGAGCUGAUGAACGUGCUGGAGCUGAGGAAGUAUGAAGCCAUCCAGCUCACCUUCAAACAGGUGUCUAAGAACUUCUCAGAGGUGUUCCAGAAGCUGGUCCCGGGGGGUAAGGCCACCCUGGUGAUGAAGAAGGGGGACGCCGAGGGGGGCCAGUCCCAGGACGAGGGCGAGGGGGGCACCGACAGUGAGAGGGGCUCAGGCUCUCAGAGCAGCGUGCCCUCUGUGGACCAGUUCACCGGAGUGGGCAUCAGGGUGUCGUUCACAGGCAAGCAGGGGGAGAUGAGGGAGAUGCAGCAGCUGUCUGGAGGGCAGAAGUCCCUGGUGGCUCUCGCCCUCAUCUUCGCCAUCCAGAAGUGUGACCCCGCCCCCUUCUACCUGUUUGACGAGAUCGACCAGGCGCUGGACGCUCAGCACAGGAAGGCAGUCUCUGACAUGAUCGUGGAGCUGGCGGGCCACGCCCAGUUCAUCACCACCACCUUCAGGCCAGAGCUGCUGGAGUCAGCUGACAAGUUCUACGGGGUCAAGUUCAGGAACAAGGUGAGUCACAUUGACGUGAUCUCUGCGGAGCAGGCGAAAGACUUUGUGGAGGACGACACCACCCACGGUUAAGAGGACUCUC